UUGUUUGCUGCUGUUCCUGCUGCCGCCGCUGGGGGCGCAGCUCCUCUCAGCAUCCGGCCUCAGCAUCACCGAGAAACGACACCGACACCGACAGCAGCUCAGCCCGGACAUGGACGACGUCCCGCCGAUCAUCACCGUGGCCAUCGCCCUGCGGAUCCAGCCCAACGACGGGCCCGUGUUCUUCAAGGUGGACGGAACCCGCUUCGGCCAGAACCGGACCAUCAAGCUGCUCACCGGCUCCAAGUACCGGAUCGAGGUGGUGCUGCGGCCCGGUACCGUGGAGGCCACCAACAUGAACAUCGGCGGUGUGGUCUUUCCUCUGGAGCAGCAGUCCAGAGACGCCGAGUCGGUGGUUUACCACGGCCUCUACGACACCGAAGGCGUUCCACAUACGAAGAGCGGCGACCGGCAGCCGGUGCAGGUCAGCAUCGAGUUUAACAAGGCGGGAACCUUCGAGACGGUCUGGCAGGCCAAAUACUACAACUACUAUAAGAGGGAGCACUGCCAGUUCGGCAACAAGUUCAGCAACAUCGAGUACGAGUGCAAACCCAACGAGACGCGAACCCUGAUGUGGAUCAACAAGGAGGCGUUCAACUGAGAGCCACUUCCUGUAUCUCCAGCAGACAGACCAGCGGUUUGCUCUGCUGGCUUCAGGUUUCUGCUUUAAAGCUGCUGCUAACUGUAAAGGAUCACUGCUCAGUCUUCCUCCCAGAAAAGAUCAUAGAAGAAUUUGAAGCGCUGCAGCUUUAAAGCAGAGCGACAAAGGUUUUCUGAUGAAGUUUAAUGAACAUCUCAAGUCUGUGUGUCCACUGCAGGGAAGUCUUUUUUUAAAGCUUUAAACAUCAAAAACAACAAAAAAUAGAGUUUAGAUAUGAAAUAAAGUUUGGUAAGAACUCAUGAUAACCUAAAAUAAAAAUAGAUCCAAACCAACAGGGCGACAGACUAAAAAAAACACUGAAUCAUGUAAAAGUACAAAAUACAAAAUGAAACUGAGCAAUUUAAAGAGAGAGAGAACUCAGAGAUGUCUUCUGUCUGCAGGACUUCACAUAAAUCAACAACAAAUGAGGUGAAAAGAACUAAAUCUGAUCUGAAAUGACAAAACCUCACAUUUAAAAUGACUGACUUUGUCUAAAUUGACCUCAGAGUCGUCCAAAAUGACUCAAAAUUUAAUUAAAAUGUCAAAUGUUUGUGAAAAACCCAAAGUUGGAACGAUGGAAGUCAGAAAAAAAUAAUCAACGUUUCUUUGAUUCUUUAUUUAGAAAAAGAACAGCUGGUAUCAGCACUGGAUAAAUGUAUGUAGAUAUUUAAAGGGGCACCGAGGAAGAUUUUAGCGGAAAUGUAGCGUUGCCUACAUUUCCUUUGAGCCUCGGCGCGCACUGUCGCAAACCGUCGUAAACGAGCGAGCGAGCCUCAGGAAAGCCGGCGGAGUUGAAAUCAUUGUUACCGAGCUAACGUUCAGUAGCUCCGAGCUAACGUUACAUUAGCCAAUACCCACACAGUGUUUUUGCCACAAAGUUAGUCAACUAAACCAGUCACAGUCAAACGAAUCCCAUAGUCUACUAACCACACAUCGCAAGCAACACACACAAAAGACAAAAGAAUUGUAUCAAACUUACAAAGAGCUAAAGUUACGUACCUGUCUAGGAGAAGCACAGCCAGCUCAGCAUCUGUUUUCAUUCCUUUUUGCUCCCGGAAUUCUCUCCACCUCUGAAAUGCCUGUCCAAGAUGAACUUGUCUUUUGCUUUUUUGUCGAUCUGACAACCUUUUUGCUUGCAGACUUUGCUCCGUUCGCUUCCUUUUGCGCUCCAUGUGUGCUGUCUUCUCAACCAACUCUCCGCUCUGCUACUGCUAAAAACAGCUAGCUCCGCUCUGCUACGCCCCGUCAGCGCACGCGCUCCGUAUUUGCUGUAAAUCGCUUCGUCUCUCACAGGAAACUCUAGACGAGUCGACAAAAAAUUAAUAAAAUACAAAUAUUUACAAAACCAAAAUGAUUCAUGAAUUGAAAAUGUGGGCAUUAACAAGUGUAAAUAACAAAGAUUCAUCCACAUUAAUAUGAGACUUUGUUACGAGCAUAAAAAUCUUCCUCGUGCCCUUUAACUCUUUAUAUUUUUGUCUGCUUUGUUUACACUGCCUGCAGUUCACCUGAAAGCUCACAGCUCAGUCAUCCACGGCUUCACGUUUGCACCCACAUCUCUGAAUUUUCAGUUUUUUAUGAGCUUUGGUUUAACCAAAGGCUUAAUUUUUGCCAUUUAAAAAAAGUACUUGUAGAAUGAAGUGAUUUGACUGAAGUUGGAAUCGGACAUCUGACGUUUUGGUUCGUAUAUUUUAAAAUGAAUAAGGUGCAUUUGAAAGCCACUGGUGAGUUUCAGGCUUCAGAGGCUUCAUUCUGAUGCAGCAGAAACCCUGAAGUGGAUUCACAGACAUGAAACUUGUUCCAGUGAGUCAGAAGAAGCAGGAAAGGGACGAGACCAGGAUGGACCAGACCUGGACAAAAGAGAAUCCUCAUCCUGUUCUGCGUCUUCACAGGAAAUAAAGUUUAGUAGCAGAAACACAUUUUUGUUUUUUUAUUAUCAAAUCUGAAAUAAAUGUCAGCUUUACGUUUGUGCUUCAGUUCAGACUGAACAAAGCAGGAAACAGGGACUAUUUCCAGCGGCGGAUGAACGUCUGCUGGGCCUCGGUGCUUCUGAUCUUCUGCUUCCGUUGCAUGGCCUCCUUCUUUUAUUGCCAAAUCUGAUCCGUCCUUCGUCCCGUCGCUCACAAAGCGUCUCACCGCCUGAACUCUGCUGUUUUGUUUCGUGUAGAACUGACGAGUGUGAAGUGUGUUUGUGAUUAAACCUGCGUGUCCAACCCCA